AUGUGGGCCGAAUACGCUCAAAACUCUCUCCGCAAGCCCUCUACUGGAUUAACUCCGUUUCAGUGUAUUCUGGGAUAUCAACCACCCCUGUUUCCCUGGUCAGGAGAACCGUCUAACGUUCCUACAGUUAAUGACUGGAUUCAGAGAAGUGAGGAGACUUGGAAUCAGCCCCAUCAUCAUUUACAGCAUGCUGUAAGACGUCAGCGGAUUCAGGCUGAUCGGCAUCGCCGUCCCAGCCCAGAAUAUAGUGUUGGCCAGUGGGUAUGGUUAUCCACUCGUGACCUCCGUCUCCGUUUGCCAUGCCGUAAGCUCAGUCCCAGGUAUGUGGGUCCUUUCCAGAUUAUUCGCCAAAUUACCCCUGUAUCUUUUGAAUUGGCUUUACCUAAUCACUUCCGUGUUUCUCCCACAUUUCAUGUCUCCUUGUUGAAGCCCGCUGCUGGUCCCGGUGAGGGAGGAGAGGAGGCGCCCGAGGACCAGGGUCCCCAACCCAUAACGGUGGAGGGCGAGGAGAUCUAUCAGGUGCGAGAACUGCUCGACUCCAGACGCCGGGGGAGAACUCUCCAAUAUCUGGUCGACUGGGAGGGUUACGGUCCAGAGGAGAGGUCCUGGGUGAAUGCAGACGACAUUCUAGAUCCCAGUCUUAUGGAGGAGUACCACCGAGACCAUCCGGAGAGACCGGCCCCCAGACCACGCGGAAGACCCCGGCGUCGACCACCUCCUCACUUCCGGAGCCGUUCGCAGGGGGGGGGGCUCUGUCACGGAGAGCGCUCCUGUUACUCUCCCUUCGGGCCACCAGAGGGCCCCAUCACCAGAGUACUAGUUUCCUUCCCGCACUACAUUUCCCAUCAGCCCUGCACCUGUCACUGAUUAUUCCCCUACACCUGUUCCCCAUUACGUUAGACUAUUUAAUGAGCUCUUUCACCCAGGUUCACUGCGAAGUCUUGUUUUGCCUUGGUGAACAUCUCUGAGCGUUAUUCUGGUUACAUUGGACUGCCUUCUGUUAUUACCUCUGCCUGCCUG